AUGCAUUUCGUUCCCACAAUCUCUGAGAUCACUGAGAGCCGCUCGAACGGAAGCCUUGUCAACCUCCCCAGCGAACCCUCCGAUCUGACCAAGAAAGACCUGUAUGUGUCGGGAUCCAGGUGGGGGCAAACGCACCUUAAGGCUCUACGGGUACAGCUCAUUGAGCCUGUCUCACCAGAACGGAUUUUCCCCUGCCAGUUUCUCCCCGCGUCUGACGACCCAGUUUUCACAGAAUUAAGAACUGAAAUAAGGAAAGCCUCUGAGGACACUCUGAAGGACUGGUACCUUGUCGCCCCCGAAUUUGUACAUAACCGUUUUGCCAGCUUGUUCGAUGAUCUAGCAACACUCAUGACUACGAGGCCCGCUCAUAUCGAGGGCACGAUCGCAUACAAGCGCAAUCCAAGCCCGGAGUCAGACUUAUCCACAGAAUCGAACGAAGAUCAAGAUGAAGAGCCCUCACGCUUGGCCUUUGGUGGUAUAAUAAACCCCAUCGUACUCCACAAAAGCUUCCAACCGAUCAAAACCGAGCACUACGUCUACGUAAUCAGGCACAACGUCUCAUCUACUCCCGUGCAGAUCUGGUUGGGGGAGAAAGAUCCGGUUACAGCAAAAAACGAUGGCAGCCUGUUCCUGUUGCGUGGGGGAAAAUACUCGAAGUCGGGCAGAUACGGUGUCGUUCCUGUGGUCUGUUUUGAGGCCAAACGGCGUCAUGCCGCGGGGGAGUACGCGAGAGCUGGAGAAGAAGAGCGUUGCUGUGAGGAUAUUCUGGGCCAAGAAUUUGCCGAACUGCUUGGCCAGGUGAUGAUGCAGAGCAGACAGGUCUCAGAGGAUGAUGGUUGGGUUGAUCAGGAGGCAUUUGUAGUUAACAUACACGGGACGAGGUUAAAGAUCACGGCAGCACGAUUUGAAGGAGAGUACCUUGCAGCGGUUAACAGCAACACCAUGCUAGUUAGUCUGACUUAG